AGACUGCUCAGCUGUUACGCAGAAGGGAGUAGAAAGAAAAAAGAUCUGUCAUCUUUUCGUUUGCAAUUGCUGAAGGUGCAUGUAAAAUGUCAGUUCGCAAGUGAUCGCAGAUUUAUUCUUUAAUCUCUAAUCUGCGUACGUCCGUAAUGUCGCUGAUUUUCUUUGAUUUACAGUCAUUGAAUGUAUAUUUGAUAUUUUUUAUAGCUAGGGCGAUGAGUCCAUUUGCAUGUUUGCAAAGCAAAUUAUUCUGAAUCUCGGUGGAAAAGACUGUUGGAUAAAGUCGCGGUUGUAAGAAAGACUAUUCAAGGAGAAGUGAUACACAGUAAUAUGGCCUCGGCAUCGAGCACUAGUGCUCGCAGUCUGUUCAUAGACUCGAAGAUGAGAUUAGCCGAUAGAGUUCAAGUGAAUGUAAACAAUAUCGCUUCACUUGCUAGACAAAUACAGAGAGGUUCCAAAAGUAGCGAGAUAUUGUUGCACAGUGCAAAGAAUUUUGCGUGUCAAGAGCAUGGUUUAGCGAAUGCAGAAGCUAACUUGAAAAAACUUGCAUACAUUACGUCAAAUAUGGAACUGCAGUUUGAGUCGAUUGACCAAGGUUUUGGAAAACUGGAAGAGGUUACCGAGCAAGUGCGAGCGAUGCAACGUUAAGUUAGGUUGAAUGAUUUAAUUCAACUACAUCCGAAAAAACUGUUCACUACCAUCGAGAUUGCAGAAAAUAAAUAAGCCCACUCCAAAAAGUACAGCAGCAACAGUCAGUCGUUCGCAAAACACAGUUACAUCGUGCUGUACCGAUUUCGAUCUUUCCAAUUGUGAUAUUUUGAAAUAUCUUCCUUCAUUGAUGGCCAGUGACAUUGUGUUGAUAAUUUGCGACAGCGUACUUUUUUACUUGUUCUAUAUUUUGUACAUGAUUGUAGCUCUAGUUUAUGUUAAUUCUUUUUACACAUAUUUUCUGUAGUACAUACAUAUACCGUAUGUGAAAAUGUAAGUUUACGACAUGUAUUGUUGACUUCCUGUUAAUAAAAUGUGUACUACUCGA